CUGCCCCUACCCUCUCCUGAGAUGUCAGGAAGGAGGGGACCACCUGUGUCCCCCACCGGGGCCCCCCAGAGCCUGGGGGCCCCCAGCCCUGGAGCCUGGAGGUGGAGGAGGUGCUGACAGGUGCUCAGCGAGAUGCUCCUCAGCCCCUCCUGCUCCCUCCCCAUCCUCCUCCUUUUCCUCCUCCCCAGCGUUCCAAUGGAGCCCCACCCCCCACCCUUACCACUGCCCCCCUUUCUAGCCCCUGAGUGGGACCUCCUGUCCCCCCGAGUAGUCCUGUCCAGGGGCACCCCCGCCGGGCCCCCUCUGCUCUUCCUGCUGGAGGCCGGGACUUUUGGGGAGCCAGCAGGCCGCCCUGCCAACCGCAGCCGGCGAGGGGCGAGCGAGACAGCACCCGCAAGUCGCCGGGGAGAGCUGGCUGUGUGCGAUGCGGUCAGCGGCUGGGUGACAGACCGCCGGACGGCCGUGGACCUGCGUGGGCGUGAGGUGGAGGUGCUGGGCGAGGUUCCCGCGGCUGGCGGCAGUCCCCUCCGCCAGUACUUCUUCGAGACCCGCUGCAAGGCUGACAGCACCGAGGAAGGUGGCCCCGGUGGGGGAGGAGGGGGCUGCCGGGGUGUGGACCGGAGGCACUGGGUAUCUGAGUGCAAAGCCAAGCAGUCCUACGUGCGGGCACUGACCGCUGAUGCCCAGGGCCGCGUAGGCUGGCGAUGGAUUCGGAUUGACACUGCCUGCGUCUGCACGCUCCUCAGCCGGACUGGUCGGGCCUGAGGCCCAUGCCCAGGAACGGGGCAGGCAGAGGAAGAAGACGGCUGGAUCCCGAGGGACCUCAGGGGUGGCCUGACCGCUCCGGGCCUCGGUUUGGGAACUUGUGAAAUGGUCACACAAUCACAGCUUUCUGAUUCUGAGAGCUCAAUCCAUGCCAGACAGGUGGUGGAACCAAAUGGGGUUUUGAAGGAUGAGUAGGAGUUCUCCUGGAUGAACUUGAGGGUAGUGAUGAUGAUGAUAAUAAUAGCCCAAUGUUGCCGAGUGUCUACUGUUUAUCAGCGCUAAUACACAAUUUGUCAGAUCAACUCUAGUGGAUUCGACCAUCAGAGGCCCUUGGCUUCUCAGUUGCUAACCACUUGAUCUCAGAAGGCAUCUUGCUCACCCUGGAGAGAGUGACGAGG